GACAAUGAUUGACCGGGUGGGGUGCUGCAUCUGUUUCGUGGAGUACUUUAGCAAACUCUGGCUGCAGCUUGGACAGCAUUUGUGGGUCCUCUCCCGGUGUCAUGGCCAUCUACAUUGCAGCCGUCCUUCUCAGUGUACUUCUGUCAGCAGCUGGGCAGCAGGCCCCGGCAGUCUCCAUUGAGCCCCAGAGUGCCACCGUUCGGCAGGGGGAGUCAACCAGUUUUCACUGCCAGGUACUCGGUGGUUCACAGCCUGUGCGUCUAGAGUGGAAGAGGACCAACAACCAGCCACUACCAGACAAUGUAAAAACUGGUCCAGGUGGUUCUGUCCUUACCAUCGCUAAUGCUCGUCCCGGCAACCAGGGCACCUAUCGCUGCAUAGCCACCAAUGCAGCAGGCAAGACCCAUAGCACAGCAUCGCUCACGGUGAAGCGUAAGUACCGGCACUCAAGAUCAACCAAUGGCCUGUUUACCCUAAUUUUUGCCUCUUCCCUAAUGCCCACAGAUCCCCCCAAGGUCCGGGUGACCCCUGGGGGGGCGGUUAGAGUGACAGUGGGUGAAACCGUGAACCUGGAGUGUCAGGCCUCAGGGAGACCCCGCCCAUCUGUCAGCUGGUUCCGCCUGAACCACGGCGAUGAGACGGUCCUGAGCAGCUCUGCUGCGACGGACACCCCUGUGGUGAUGCAGGUGUCGUCUGCACGCUUGGAAGACGCUGGUGUGUACUUGUGCCGGGCCCAGAGCAGUGAAGGAUCUUCAGAAGCCAGGGUGGAGCUGACUGUUGAGGGUGGGACUUAUGAAGCCACGCCCCCUUUGGCCUCUGUGGUUCCAGCUGAGUUGGUGGCGGUAGAGGGACAGAGCGUAACAUUCCACUGCCACGUCAGCGGCUCCCCCACACCCACCAUCUCCUGGUCCAAGCUGCGUGCCCCUCUGCCCUGGCUGCAUAAGGCUCAGGGGGGGACCCUGGUUCUGCAGAACGUGGGCCGCCAGGAUUCAGGCCAGUACAUCUGCAACGCCACCAAUGCUGCCGGCUUUGUGGAGGCCACAGCCCAGAUGGAGGUGGAAACGCCCCCAUAUGCAACCUGCUUGCCCGAACAGCUGCGUGUGCGGGCUGGGGACCCCAUCCACCUGCAGUGCCUGGCCCACGGGACCACCCCCCUGCGUUUCCUUUGGUCCAAGGUGGGGGGCAGCCUCCCAAGGAGAGCAGAGAUACGUGACAAUAGCCUACUGAUUGGCCAGUCACGGACGGCAGAUGCUGGCACAUACAAGUGUGUGGUCACCAACAAGCACGGCUCCAGCGAGGCCACAGCCAAAGUCACCGUCCGCUAGAAAGAGCUCAGAUCCCACUCUGGAGACCCUGUCCAUCUGCAUCUGCCAUGGACCAGUUUGGACCAGUACGCAGAAGCAGGGACUAGUGGAUCAGAAAUCAGAGCAGAAUAUAAAAUGCAGAACCUUCUGCCUUAGAGCUAAUGCACAUUCUAUUCUCAGAAAUGAAGCUGUCCCCCGAAACACCUGAAAUAACUGAUUAAAUGUUCGUAUGUGAAAGGCUCUCUGUAAUUUCCUUCUUCCUCAGCUCCACACAAAGCUUCAACACGUAAUUAUUUUGUUUGUUAAAUAACAUACACAGGCAAUGUAUUUAAACUGAAUUACUUUUUAAAAAUCAUGCAUUAAACUGUAUACAUCGGAAUUUGAAUAAAAAAACAUUAAUGUUGCUGUA